AUGGAGGUAGGUCAAUAAAAUAUUGUUAUGAUUCUGUGUUUAGAGCAGCGAAUUCCAUUAUAACGAGACGGAAAAUAUGUCUAUGGACCUGUUUUCGCAGGCGGACAGUAAUUUUUGGGCUCCCAGCGAACAAGAACGGGACUCGUUCAUGGCCGGCGACACCGCCAUCUUGGACUAUGGUAAAUCGAAGCUUUCACGGGGUUUUUUGAUCUCCAUUUUUGUUCAAUCACAUUCUAUCAGCAAGAUUAGUGUUUUUUUAUGCUAGUAGUUGAAAACACCUUGACUUUAACUUAUUCUAGAGCCCUCUGUGAACGGUUCCAGGAUUGAUGCACUAGCUGAUCGCUACUCUACCAAAGUUUUUAUCGGUGGAAUCCCACUAGGGACAACUGAAGCCUUCCUUCGACAAUGCUUUGGUGUCUACGACUUGUGUGACAUCUCGUGGCCAGGGAAAAAGAAUUUUCGCGAUUCGCCGCCAAAUGGUAAGCCAUGUAUAAUAUUAGUGAUGUAACUUUAGGUAAUCAUUCGUGUUUAGUGGAAUAGUUCUACGAAAACGUGUUGAGUAUUUUAAUCUUGGUUUUUUAUUCAUCCGACUUUUAGAUUUUUGGAUUUCACCAUUUUCAUGUAGAUAGUAAUGGAUAAUAUAAAUUUUGCUCCAGUUUUUACGUAGAUUGUAGGAACUUUGUAUUUUUAGGUUCUAUGAGCCCUACCACUCCUGUCUUAUGUAUUUUUCUUAACCAGUGUCGAUUUUUUUGUCAUGGAUAAUAUAAUUAUCAAGCUCAAUUUGACUUAUUUUAGGUUACUGUUUUGUUCAAUUCCGACACAAUGAAGCUGUCCGAGCACUGUUAAACACUUGUGGUUACCGUGAUGGCAAAUAUUGUUUCUCUUUGGGGAAGAGAAGGGACUUGGUAAGGAUAAGAUAAUUUUUGUGUAAAAAAGUCCUCUCACUUUAAAUUUAUUGGUUCAUUUAGCUGGUUGAGAUCCUCUGAAUUUACUGAACUUUCUUUUUCGCUAUGAAAAGAUCAUUUUCAGGUCCAAAUUCGGCCUUGGAGACUCGCGGAUUCCACGUAUACUGUUUCUGAGCACUGGAGUCGAUUUGUUCGUCUCUCGGUCUUUGUUGGUGGUCUGCCAAGAACCUUGAAGGCCUCGGAACUCUUUGAACUCGUUCAGACGCGAUUCGGCAAUGUUCUUCAUUGCUCCAUGGAACUGGAAUUCGAAUCUUCUUAUCCCAAGGGCGCAGCUCGCGUAAUCUUCAGCAGCAUCGAUAGUUAUCGAGCUUGUGCCUCGACUGGCCAUGUGGAGCAUCAAUGGUAUCCGAAUCGACAUUAUAAUGUCAGUUAUGUGAGUAGUUUUCCCUGUUUUGGAUUGAUUUUUAGGUGGAAUUCAAGCCAUUUGUCUACAAAAAUAUUGAAUGCGAAAACUGUGGCAACAGCUCGCUGAGGACCGAGUUCUGCACCGCCAAAGAAUGCCUGAUCUACUAUUGUCGACUCUGUUUCAAUCAGGUCCAUCAAACCAAUCCACUUUUUGCGGAUCAUCAAGUCUCAAAGGCCGUUCCUCGCGAUCUCCCAAAUCCAUGUCGAGCCGAGCAGAAAGCCAAACAGGAAAAGGCGAAACUGGCAAGAUUGGCUAACCUUGAUUUUUCGCGCCCACCUCCAGCCUUUGUCCACUCAAGCCAGGAUGGUCCCAGCAGCUCCUUCGACACCACCAACCUGGAUGAAAGCCUGAAGGAGAACGAGAAGUCGACGGAGGAACUGGUCAAGGAGAACAUCGAAAAACGUCCGAGAAAGUUUGGAAAUCUCCUGCAAAGCUAUGGAGUGGACUUGUAA